UCCCAAGGUCAGCAAAAACGGUAUCGUGGCACUUUCGUAAAUCGGAUCACGUUAUAGGGGUAAAUGGCAGCUCUUGCACGUGGUUAAUGGAAACAUGUUGUGGCAAGUUGGUAAAUUACGGCCUAAUCGCGGGUAAAGAUAUAUGCUCCCACGUGCUAGGCCCGGAUGACAAGCGUGACCUCAUGUAGUGGCAAUUUCGUAAUAAUUGGGUCAAAUCGCGGGUAAAUUGGGUAGUCUCUAAUCUAUUUGUUUUACUUUUGGCCAUCACACUAUGAACGAACGUAUUAAAAUCCCAUCUUCUCUGGCACGAGAGAGUUCAUGAUUAGCUUAACCUCCUUCAUCCUCUUCUCCGAUUCCCGGUUUUUUUCUUCCGCCGAUCACUGAGAAAUUUACCCCUUCUUAAUCUUCCGAUCAUUUUGAUCAUCUGCGUCAGCUUAAAAUACUUUUUUUUUAACUCAAUUCAGAAAGUGAAGUUUUUAGCUUUAGCUAACAAAUUUCUGCAACUGUUUUCACGAUUUUUCUCUCCUCCGGAUUCUCACCGUCUAAUCAUUUCCCGGUGAGAGCAUUAUCUGUAUUGAAGGGCAAAGCCAAGUUGCGUCUCUAAUCUAGGCUGCUCGGAGAUUUAGAACUGGUGGUUGGUGCACGCAAGUUCGACUCCUUUUGUUCUAUUAGAUCUGAAAAAAGAGUGCUUCACCGAAGAUUCAGAGACUUCUUUCCGGUUGAAUUAGCUGGCGAAUUGUCUCUUUGAUCUCCCGGGAAAAAAAAAGCAGAGGAAGAAACGAGAGUGAUGACGUCGGGAACGAGAAUGCCGACUUGGAGGGAAAGAGAGAACAACAAGAGGAGAGAGAGACGGCGGAGAGCGAUCGCAGCGAAGAUCUUCACCGGAUUGAGAAUGUACGGCAACUACGAGCUGCCGAAGCACUGCGACAACAACGAAGUGUUGAAAGCACUCUGCAACGAGGCCGGUUGGAUCGUCGAACCCGAUGGUACUACUUACCGCAAGGGAUGUAGUAGACCUGUAGAGCGUAUGGAGAUAGGUGGCGGUUCAGCAACGGCGAGCCCUUGCUCCUCUUAUCAGCCGAGCCCGUGCGCAUCUUACAACCCAAGCCCAGGCUCCUCCAACUUCAUGAGCCCAGCUUCCUCUUCUUUCGCUAAUCUCACCUCUGGAGAUGGCCAGUCACUCAUCCCGUGGCUAAAACACCUCUCGACAACAUCGUCCUCGUCAGCUUCUUCAUCGUCAAGACUCCCUAACUACCUCUACAUCCCUGGAGGCUCCAUAAGUGCUCCUGUAACCCCUCCUCUAAGCUCUCCAACAGCUCGUACACCGAGGAUGAACCCUGAUUGGCAACAAAUCAACAACUCCUUCUUUGUCUCCUCAACACCGCCCAGUCCCACGCGGCAGAUCAUCCCUGACUCGGAAUGGUUCUCGGGGAUUCAACUCGCGCAGAGCGUUCCAGCUUCACCAACGUUUAGCCUCGUCUCGCAAAACCCAUUCGGGUUCAAAGAAGAAGUAGCCUCUGCUGGUGGAGGAGGAGGCGGGUCAAGAAUGUGGACGCCGGGUCAAAGCGGGACUUGCUCACCGGCUAUUCCUCCUGGUGCUGACCAGACAGCAGAUGUUCCAAUGUCUGAAGCAGUAGUCGCUCCUCUUCCAGAGUUUGCGUUCGGGAGUAACACAAACGGGUUAGUGAAGGCAUGGGAAGGAGAGAGGAUACACGAGGAGAGUGGUUCGGAUGAUCUUGAACUCACUCUUGGAAACUCAAGCACCAGGUAGUUCCAGCGACCUGUACAUUUUUUUCAAAAACUCUGAAAAACGGGUCCAACCCAAACCGUUCUCAAAAUAUGUUGCUUCGAUUUUAUUUUUCCCAAUGUAAGGCUCAAUCAAAGUGAAAACACAGCUUCAAAUAUUCGUUUAUUUGUAAACCUUGUGAUUGUACCUUACCUCUGUCACUACCUUUUUCAACCCCUCUUUGUUUCCCAAACCCACCCGGUUAAUUAGCUAACCUAAAACCCGGUUUAGAUGGUUGUAAUCAGAUUCUAUAUGUUCUUGUAGUAUAUCUUUUCGGUUUAUGUUAA